AUGGCGGACAAGCAAGCAUCCGUGUUCAUCAUCGACGUUGGCACACCAAUGGGCGAUUGUCACAAUGGCCGUGUCCAAUCUGACCUUGAUUACAGCUUGCGCUAUGUAUGGGACAAGAUCACCACCAUCGUGGCUGCAUCGCGCAAAACCUGGACGGUUGGUGUUAUCGGGCUGAGGACUGAUGAGACACGACACAUCGACAGCAUCCAGGAUGAGGCUGGUUACGAAAACAUCUCCAUUCUACAAGAGAUAGGGCCCAUGACCAUGUCGUCGCUCAAGGACCUACAGGCCGUCAUCAAACCGAGCAACACUGAGACUGGUGACGCUCUAUCAGCCAUUGUCGUGGCCCUCCAGAUGUUGUCCACUUUUACCAAGAAACUCAAGUACACACGAAGGGUGUAUCUUAUUACCGACGGCACGGCCCCUAUUGAUGCCGAUGGGAUGGACCAAAUCGUCGAGAAGGCGGACGAGGACGGUGUUGAAGUGAUUGUACUUGGCGUGGAUUUUGACGACCCAGAAUACGGCUUCAAGGAAGAAGACAAGCCGACACAGAAGAAACACAAUGAAGCGCUUCUGAAAGACCUAGUGUCAAGAUGCAAGGAUGCUCACUUCGCUACAAUUGCCGAAGCCAUCGACGAAGUGGACAAUCCGCGUAUCAAGACAACUAGGCCGUACAAAACGUAUGAUGGGCUUCUGACGUUGGGAGACCCAAAGGACCCCAAACACCCGUCCCCUAUGAGCAUCCAUGUCGAACGCUACUUCAAGACAAAGUUGGCUGCGCCCCCCUCCGCGAGCACCGUCGUCGUUAAAUCCGGACAACAAACAACGCAAUCCCAACACCUUGACGGCGAGGAGAUGGAGGGGAUUGAGGGAAUCACUAAUUUCGCCGCCGUCAAACAGGCCAGAAACUACAAGGUCGAUGAUCCUAAGGCCCCUGGCGGUAAGCGGGAUGUCGAGUUUGACUCUCUGGCCAAGGGGUACGAGUAUGGCAGGACGGCAGUCCAUAUCAGCGAAUCCGAGUGGAACAUCACCAAGCUCGAAACCACGAAGAGCUUCUCCAUUCUGGGCUUCGUCGCCGAUGACAAGUAUGAACCCUUCUUGAGCAUGGGAGAAUCUUGUAUGACCGUGGCAAGCAAGUACGACGAGCGUUCCCGAUUGGCCCUCUCAUCCCUCAUCCACGCCCUCUAUGAGCGCUCUAGCUACGCCGUCGCCCGCAUCGUCCUCAAGGACGGCAAGGACCCAUUGCUUGUCCUCCUCGCUCCGUGCGUAGACCCGGAUUUCGAAUGCCUCUACGACGUCCCUCUCCCUUUCGCUGAGGAUGUCCGCUCAUACCAGUUCCCGCCCCUGGACCGCGUCGUCACUGUUACCGGCCAAACUCUUACAAACCAUCGCCUACUGCCGACCGACGAGCUUUCAUUCGCUAUGAGUAACUACGUCGAUGCGAUGGAUUUGGAUACGUUUGGCAAGAAUGAUAAUGGACAACCUGCGGAAUACGCUCCUAUUGAUGAGUCCUUCAACCCUGUCAUCCACCGCAUCAACCAAGCCGUUCGUGACCGCGCGCUCAAAUCGAACGGCAAAAUCGAACCCAUCCCACCCACUCUCGUCCGCUACGCUACCCCUCCAGAGGACCUCAUCGCGAUGUCCAAGCGAGAGAUUAACAGCCUCAUAGAAGCGGCCGAAGUCAAGAAAGUUCCACCAAAGGCGAAAUCGAAACGCAAACGCGAGACCGUCAAGCCCCUCUCUGGCCUGGACGUCGAUGCCCUCCUCGACGCGCAGCCCAAGCGCCCGCGCCUAGUGACCCGCGACAACGCCAUCCCAGAAUUCAAGCAGGCCGUCUCCUCCGCUAUGGAUAUGGAGCACAUCCAGGAGGCCUCUAAGCAGAUGGGCGAGGUCAUCCGCGGUCUAGUGACUGACAGCUUUGGCGACUCCCUGUACGCACGCGCCCUCGAAGCCAUGAGCGUCAUGCGCACCGAACUCAUCGAAUUGGAUGAACCUGAUAUCUACAACGCCUUUGCACGGGACUUCAAGAAGCGACUAUUGGCGGGCGAGCUGGGGGGCGACCGACGUGAGAUGUGGUGGAAGGUUAGGACGAGCCGGCUGGGACUGAUUGAUCAGACUCAGUCAGAGCUGUCAGGUGUCACGAGUGAGGAGGCACAGGAGGUAUGUGAGACUCAAUCAUCAUGUCAUUGUGUCCGUCUGGCUUCUCUGCCCCCUUUCCCAUCUCGUUCUGCUAUGCAUCUUCCCCUCGGGCAGAGGAUGCGCAAACUAACACGGCCUUCAGUUUCUCAAAGCAAAGUAGCUAAGUCCACGCGAUGCAAUGACUUUACCGUGUUGUUAAAAUAA